CUCUCGCUCUCUGCGUUGCCAAUGGCACCACCAUCAUCUACCCAAUUUGUUGAUGCUGCACUUUCCUGCAACAGCCAUUUUGCUCUCUCCUACACAGACCCUGAUAAAAAAUGGCUUAUCCGUGAUCACCUCCUCUCCUUGCUACAAGAAUUUCCUUCUUUCAAGCCCUCAACAGAUAUCUUCAUCCAUGAUGAUGGUACCACUGUCAACCUUCUAAAUGCAAGUGGCUCCCUGCAGGUCUCCCGAGCUCCUCGGCCGGUUCCUCUCACCAUAUGGCUCCAUCAAAACUACCCCUUUUCAGCUCCUAUUGUUUUGCUGUCUUUGGAUCCAUUCAACCCAGUUCUUCCUAGCCACCCUUUUGUCGAUCCCUCUGGAACCAUCACCUCCCCAUAUCUUGAGACUUGGUGCUAUCCUCGCUGCAACCUCUCCGAAUUCGCACACAACCUCACCCUCCUCUUUAGCCACCACUACCCUUUCUUCUCUCCUUCAGGCUCCAUCUUCUCAAGUGGUACUCAUCCCUCCUUCAUGUCAAAAAUGGAGGCCAUCGACGGCCUUGCUGGAGCCCUUCACCAUGACAUGGUAGCUUUACAGUCUGAAGUGGAGGGGGAGAUUGAGGGACUAUCAGCGUUGCAAGCUGAGCUGCUCAAGCGGAAUGACAUAACCACAAGCAUGCUACUGGGGCUUGAAUAUGAAAGCAUGAGCUUGAAGACAAUUGUGAGGGAAACAGCAGAGGAGGCUGACAUGCUACUAAAUUGGUUGAGAGCUAAUAAUUUGAACUCUGUUCAUGAGGUGGAGGAGGCAUUUGAGGCUGCAGAUGAGAAGUCAAAACUACUGCUUCACCACUCCGCCAAAGACCUGGCCAUAGAUGAUGUGAUAUAUGCAUUGGACAAGGCACUAGAGGAAGGAGUAGUAACAUACAGAGAAUACAUUAGGCAGGUAAGAGUCUUGGCAACAGAGCAGUUCUUCCACAGGGCUAAUGUAAUCAAAAUUAAGGAACUCAGACACCUCACUUAGAGGAUUGAAUCGAGGGAUCUUUUCUCAAAGUCUCGAUGUACAGUUGUUAAUAACAAAAUUGGUCUUCUUUCUUCCUUCUUCCCUGUAGGGCUUUGUGUUUCGACUCCAUGAGAAAAGUAAGUA